AAAGUGGGCCAAUUGUGUGACCCGGAUGUGAACGCCGGAAGUAGCAGAAGCAGCCACCGCGCACGUGAAGUCAGCCUGCUCGUAAACACGAGCACAACAAGAUGGACAUCACAGAAGUUCCUGUCUCUAAAGAUGUGGAAAGUAAGAAAAAGAAGACUAAACGUCCGAAUAAGAAGAGCGAGGACAAAGUGGAGGGCAGCGGCGUGGAAGUGAAAGAAGAGACGACGAUGGACGCCGCCGUCGCCUUACCGCCAACAUUCAGUCUGUCUGAAAUCAAGAAUAAGCAGCGAAGACAUGUCAUGUUUAUGAAACUAAAGCUGGAGAAAAGGAAGCUAAAGAUGCAGAUGAAGAAAAAGAGGAAAAAGGAAGCAAAAGCUCUAGGCGACAAGGCGCCGCCAAAACAAGUCCCCAAGACGAUAGAAAACCAGCGAGUCUACGACGAGACCACAGUAGAUGCAGAGGAUGAGGAGGUUGCAUUUGAUGAAGCCACGGACGAGUUCUCCGCCUACUUCAACGGGCUGACAAACCCCAAAGUGCUCAUCACAACUUCAGACCGACCCAGAGGGAGGACAGUGAAGUUCUGUCGGCAGCUGGCCACCGUCAUCCCAGACGCCCACGUCUACUACAGGAGAGGCCUGGCCCUCAAGAAGAUCAUUCCUCAGUGUGUGGCCAGGAACUUCACUUACCUCCUCGUCAUCAACGAGGACCGCAGAAUGCCCAAUGGAUUGGUUCUUUGUCACCUGCCUGAAGGACCCACCGCACACUUCAAGGUCAGCAGCGUUCGACUCCGUAAGGAAAUGAAGAGACGAGGCAAGGAGCCCACUGAACACUUCCCAGAAGUCAUCCUCAACAACUUCAGCACACGUUUGGGUCACAGCGUCGGCCGAAUGUUUGCCGCUCUCUUCCCUCAGAAGCCGCAUUUUGUGGGUCGCCAGGUGGCCACCUUCCACAACCAGAGAGACUUUGUCUUCUUCCGCUUCCACAGGUACAUCUUCAGGAACGAGAAGAAGGUGGGCAUUCAGGAGCUGGGACCUCGCUUCACCCUCAAGCUGCGCUCGCUACAGACUGGAACCUUCGACUCCAAGUUUGGCGAGUACGAGUGGGUCCUGAAGCGCCAUGAAAUGGACGCCUGCAGGCGCAAGUUCCAGCUGUGAAUUCUACCACAACACGUUGGUUAUUCCCACUCUAAAUGACUUCAUCGGAAAACCUCACACUCAAUGCGAUCGCUCCUCACAAUAUGGAUGACAUACAAAAAGUGACAAUGUACAUUUGUGUGAGCAAUAAGGUAGGCUUUCUAUUCAUGCGAUCGCUCCUCACAAUAUGGAUGACAUACAAAAAGUCACAAUGUACAUUUGUGUGAGUAAUUAAGUAGUCUUUCUAUUCAUACGAUCGCUCCUCACAAUAUGAAUGAAAUACAAAAAGUUAGUGUACAUUUGUGUGAGUAAUAAAGUAGUAUUUCUAUUCA